GCAUAAUAAGUUGAAACCAAUUUUUCUCUAGAUCUCAAGAAGACGGUAUUCUUAGCCACUGAAACUAUUAUCCAGAGGAGGUCUACCUUAAAAAAUGCCUUCUCUUCAGCUUCUACAGUUAACUGAACGUGGACGGGGCCUCUUGGCCUCGAGGAGGAAAACACUACUACUUGCAACUGGCAUCAUUGUUGCCGGUGGAACUGCUGCUGCAUACAUGCAAUCACGAAAUAGGUGUAGAAUUCAGAAUUCUUUGCUUCACUGCAAUGGAACUGAGGACAAUAAAGAAGAACCAAACAAUUUGAUUGGAAAGGAUAAUACUGUAACAAAGAGUAGGAAAAAGAGGGGAAGUUUGAGGUCUCUCCAAGUUUUGGCUGCUAUUCUUUUAUCUCGUAUGGGUCGAAUUGGGGCGAUAGAUAUUUUGACUUUGGUGGCUAUAGCGGUUUCACGGACUGCUGUUAGCAACAGAUUGGCUAAAGUCCAAGGGUUCCUUUUUCGUGCUGCUUUUCUCCGACGUGUACCGGCAUUUUUCCGUCUUAUUCUUGAAAAUAUUUUACUUUGUUUCCUCCAGUCAACUUUGCAUUCUACCUCAAAAUAUGUAACAGGGACCUUAAGUUUACGGUUCAGGAAAAUAUUGACAAAGCUUAUCCAUACGCAAUAUUUUCAGAAUAUGGUAUAUUACAAGAUGUCCCAUGUUGAUGGUCGGAUAACUAAUCCUGAACAACGCAUUGCAAGUGAUGUACCGAGGUUCUGUUCAGAAUUGAGUGACCUAGUACAAGAAGAUCUGAUUGCUGUUACUGAUGGGUUGCUUUAUACUUGGCGUCUGUGUUCAUAUGCAAGCCCAAAAUAUGUUUUCUGGAUAUUGGCCUACGUGUUGGGAGCAGGGACCACAAUCAAAAACUUCUCUCCUGCAUUUGGGAAACUCAUGUCCAAAGAACAACAGCUGGAAGGGGAGUACAGACAGUUGCAUUCACGAUUAAGGACCCAUGCAGAAAGUAUAGCAUUUUAUGGAGGUGAAAAUAGAGAAGAUUUUCACAUUCAGCGGAAGUUUAAGAGUCUUGUGCAGCAUAUGAGGGUUGUUCUUCAUGACCAUUGGUGGUUUGGCAUGAUUCAAGACUUUUUGCUGAAAUAUCUUGGUGCUACUGUUGCUGUUAUCCUGAUAAUAGAGCCCUUUUUCUCUGGCAACUUAAGGCCUGAUUCUUCAACUCUAGGACGUGCUGAGAUGUUGAGUAAUUUAAGAUAUCAUACGAGUGUUAUAAUAUCAUUGUUCCAGUCCUUGGGAACUCUUUCUAUAAGUUCAAGACGGCUCAAUCGCCUGAGUGGCUAUGCUGAUCGUAUUCAUGAACUCAUGGGAAUAUCGAGAGAGCUUGGUGUACGCGAUGCAUCUUCUGUGAAGACUGAUGGGAGCAGGAAUUAUGUUAGUGAAGCAAAUUACAUCGAGUUUGAUGGUGUCAAGGUUGUUACUCCAACUAACAAUGUAUUGGUUGAGGAUCUGACUCUGCGGGUUGAAGUAGGUUCUAAUCUUUUGAUUACAGGUCCAAAUGGAAGUGGGAAAAGCUCUCUUUUUCGAGUUUUGGGAGGUCUUUGGCCGCUGGUAUCUGGCCAUAUUGUGAAACCUGGAAUUGGUUCUGAUCUAAAUAAGGAAAUCUUUUAUGUGCCACAACGGCCUUAUACAGCAGUGGGGACUCUGCGUGACCAGUUGAUAUAUCCUCUUACUGCAGAUCAAGAGGUCGAACCUCUUACAAAAAGAGAAAUGGUUGACCUGUUGAAGAAUGUCGAUCUUGAAUAUCUCCUGGAACGUUACCCUCCUGAAAAGGAGGUGAAUUGGGGUGAUGAAUUAUCGUUAGGCGAGCAACAAAGACUGGGAAUGGCUCGUCUCUUCUACCAUAAACCCAAAUUUGCUAUCCUGGAUGAAUGCACAAGCGCUGUGACGACUGAUAUGGAGGAACGUUUUUGUGCUAAAGUUCUAGCAAUGGGAACAUCAUGUAUCACAAUCUCUCACCGUCCUGCUUUAGUUGCAUUUCAUGAUGUGGUCCUAUCCCUGGAUGGUGAAGGAGGCUGGAGUGUUCAUUAUAAGAGAGCGGAUUCUCCAGCUAUUACAGAAUCUGAAAACAGUAAAAAGAGAAAUUUGGAGACAGACCGCCAAAGUGAUGCGAUGGCUGUCCAACGUGCAUUUGCUAAUACAAAAAAGGAUUCGGCAUUUUCAGCAUCUAAGGGGCAAUCAUAUUCUGCAGAGUUAAUAGCAACAUCUCCUACUGACAAUGAUGAAUAUCCUUCGCCUGUCUUUCCACAAUUGCAAACUACUCCACGGCUACUGCCUUUGCGUGUAGCUGCCAUGUUUAAAAUACUGGUAAGUGAUCUUUACCACUUCAACUGUUUCUAGUGGCUAGGACUCGAA